AUGAGUUUGUCAUCCUUUUAAGACGUAGGUGAAAUAGGCUCACAUAAUUCCACUAAAAAUUAAUUGAAACUUCAAAAAAUUUAAUCGCUCUUUAGAGGCGAUUCAAGGGACUUAUACAAAUAAUCUAGUUCCAUAGCUAAUUUAGAUAUGGUAUUUGAUAUCUUAUAAAGAGAUCCUCUUCUUAGGACAAUUAAAGAAAUUGAAUACAUUAUAAAACAGUUUAGCGGAAUAAAUUUUUUGUAAAACUAUCUUUAAGAUGGUUGCAAAUCAUUGAUUAAAGCAGUAAUAGAAAGAUCUACCAUUUACCACUUUAGUGAAGGAGAAUUUAUUUACAGAAAAGGUGAUGAUUCUAAUUUUCUCUAUAUAGUCUUGUAAGGUGAUGUAGGGAUAUAUGGAUAAGUUUUACAUCAAAAGAAUACUGCAAAUAACACUCUAAUUAAAGUAUUAAGCAGUGGAGAUACGUUAGGAAAUAUUGAAAUGACGCUUAAUAUGAAAAGAUUUUUCUCUGCAUAAGCGUUGAAUUUAGGAACUUUAAUUAAGAUAGAUAAAGUAACUUUCAAUAGAUACUUAAGAGAUGUAGAAGAAUAGAAGUUAGAUGCAGACUUUAACUUUUUGGAAAACAUUCAAAUUUUUAAAGGUUGGAGUAGAGACGAUUUGAUAAAUAUAUAUAUUGAUUGUAUAUCUCAGAAAUAUAAAUACUAAGAAUAAGUCUACACUUAUGGAUAACCUAGCUAAUUUAUUUACAUCGUCAAAACUGGCUAAUUUAGUAUUUUCAAAUAAAAACCUCUUUGGUUUAAGCAUGAUGUUGAGUAGUUGCAAAAUGGAGUCAUGAAUAACCAGUCUUGCAUUAAAAUAGGGAAAUUAAAUGUACUAGACAUUUUCGGAUAUGAUGAUAUAUUCUUAAAUUCAAAGAGAAUGAGAAAAGUUACUUGUGACUCUCACUAAGGAGGAGAAUUAUUAGUAAUCUCAAAGCAUAAUUUUAUAGCUUCAAUUCUUUCACAUUAACCUAUUAAAAACUAUCUGCUUUAAAAAACAAAAUCUGACUAUUUUAAACCCUCUAAAUUUAUAGAUGAUAAACCUACUGCUAUAAUGGGAGACAACGAUAACUUUCUAAACUAAAAUACCCAGUAAGAAGCUAGAUAGAGAAAUAUUAAAAUGAGCAUUAUUAAUCUCUCUGAAAAAUCGACACCUAAAAGAGGCCUAAGCGAUAACAAAAAGAACAGCCAAAGCAAAUAAUUUGCAAAAACUUUUUACUAAUUCAAAAAUCAAAGCGUUAGUUAUCUCCCCUCUGUAAAUUAGUUUGAAAGUGGUGCCUUGGAUAAAGAAAAAGAAGGAUAAGAAGAGAAGAGUGUCCGUGUAAAAUAUCAGCCUUAAACAAUAGACUCUGGAAAUCCUUUAUCUCACAAAAAGUUACCUUUCCUUAGCUAAUUAAAAGAUAAAUAAGAUUAAGGAGAUCAAGAGAGUUUGAAAUUAAUUAUAAAAGAAAAUUACUUUAAUAGAGCUAGUGCAGCGUAUGCUCAUCUAUUUUCACAUAAGUUAGAUAAGCAAAAUAAAAACACCGAUUUAUCGAAAAAGAAAACAGAAAUAAAUACCAGCCAGUAGUCUAUCUAAUCAAACAUACAAAACAAUGUAACAAAUAACAGUAAUAGUCAGGAUUAAAGCCGUAUUUAAAUACCUAUUUAAGAAAGCCCUGAUUACAAUAAUUUAGAGAAACAGGAUCACCAAAAAUAAUAUUCAAAUAAUUCUGCAAGGGGAAGUAAUUCAUUAAUAUUUGAAUCACCUGUAAAACCGAGGAACUUAGCUGAAAGCUAAUGUUAUUCGAAAAAUUCUCCUCUUUAGACUGAAAGUAAUGAAAUAAAUUCUCCUUAAAAAUCCUUCGAGAGGUUUUAAAUAAAUAAAAAAUAAAUUUAUUACAGCUAAUUCAAUUCAAGAGAAGAUCUAGAUUCUCUGAAGCAAAACCAUCUUUUCCUAUCUAACAAAAAAUUUGGAAACAGCUUAUCAAAUUUAUAACAGUUUGAAGACUUAUGGCCAAUUUCUUCAAAAAACAUGUUAGAUAAUAAAUAUUUAAAUAAUAUCUCUCCUUUGUCUAGUCAUUCAUUUAAAAAGUUAAUGCCCAUACAACUGUAAAUGAUAAGCAAUAAUUGA